AUGGCCGAUGAUAUACCCCCGGGUUUGAACGACAAAUACACUCACCAUGUCGCCAUUCAGAUCUCUCGUCGGCAGAACUCUCAAACCGUUAAUGACUACCUUGCGCGGAACAUUGUCAAGAUAGCUCGCGAUCAACCUGGCCCCAAAACCUUUAUUUUGGCUUGUAAGGGGCUCGGUCGCUAUCCUGACGAUCUCUUGACUGAAAUAUUUGAGGAGGUCAAAACAAGGGAUAGGUAUGAUCAAGUUCAUGGAAAAUCCGGCCUUGGCGAAUCCUCGACAUUCGGUGCACCAGAGAGAGCUACGGACACGGGUAACAAUUUGCCGGGGGGUUUGCUGCUUGCACAGAAGGGGGACAGGGGCGGACGCAAUGGAGAGGAGGGUGGGAAGAAGGGAUCUCGGCUGGGAUUGGAUAGGCUCGCGAAAAGAAUCAAGCUGGAUUUAGCUGCAGAUGGAGAACCCGAUGGCGAUUCAAAAGAGAAGGAUGAAGAUGAGAAGAUUGAGUUCAAGAAGCCCGCUCUACCGAUUGGGGGACGACACAUCCGAGAACGGCGGAUAGAGACACCGUCCCAUGGCCCGGGCCUUUCGCAGGAAGCUCGGGAAAGACUGAACGCUCAUCGUGCAAGGCGUGGCGGCGAGGGUGGGAGAGACGACAGGGACGGUGGCAGGAGAGGGUAUUCGCGAGAUCCCUAUCCGAAAGACCCGAGAGAUUACCGUGAUAACUCUAGGUAUACACCUCAGAAUCUCCGCAGACAAGACCCGACGCCUUUACGAAACGUGGAUAUACGGAACACGGAACGGUAUGCAAACGCCCGUCCUUCGACAUCACGCUCGUCGAGGUUUGGAAGUGCCACUCCUCGUAUGCCCGGUACUAUUGACCGCGACCCCGACGAUGUCCCUGUUAUAAAUGAGGAAGAUGACUCAGCUCUUGAUCGAGAUUGGUAUGCGUCUGAUGAACUCGGACACGCUUUUGGAGACGAAUAUCACAACCCAUUUGGAUCGGCCGAUAAUUCUUGGGCAGACCAGCAGCGUGAGCAGGUCCUUCUUGAGAAAAAGCAAGGAAAACGCAUGUCUGCCCGGGCACAACAGAAGAUGAAGGAUGUUGAUGCAUGGGAGACCAAUCGAAUGCUCACGUCUGGAGUCGCCCAAAGGGCCGAUUAUAAUGACGAUGACCUUGAUGAUGAGGAGGAAGUUCGGGUUCACCUACUCGUCCAUGAUUUAAAGCCACCUUUCUUAGAUGGACGGAAGGUAUUCACAAAGCAACUUGAUCCUGUGCCUGCGAUUAGAGAUCCCCAGAGCGAUAUGGCGAUAUUCAGCAAGAAGGGAAGUUUGUUGGUCAAGGAAAGGAGGCAACGAAGGGAGAGAGAGAAACAAGCACAGGAAGCUACGAAUAUUGCUGGCACAGCACUGGGCAACGUGCUGGGGAUAAAGGAGGAUGACGAUGGGGACAGUGCGGCGCCCACUGGCGGUGGGAAGGAGGAAACAGGUGGGUCGAAGUUUGCCGAACACAUGAACAAGCAAAGGCCAAGCGAAGGGAAUAGCGAGUUCACGAAGAGCAGGACGUUAAGAGAGCAGAGAGAAUUUUUGCCUGCUUUUGCUGUUCGGGAGGAUGUCUUACGGGUUAUCCGGGAUAACCAGGUAGUGGUUGUAGUUGGAGAAACUGGUUCAGGGAAGACAACCCAAUUGACUCAAUUCCUGUAUGAGGAUGGAUAUGGAAAGAUUGGGAUGAUAGGAUGCACACAGCCUCGAAGGGUAGCGGCGAUGAGCGUAGCUAAACGCGUGAGUGAGGAGAUGGAAGUGAGAUUGGGCGGUUUAGUUGGAUAUGCUAUUCGUUUUGAGGAUUGUACAAGCGAUGAAACAAUUAUCAAAUGUAGGUUUAGGAACCGUAUGCUAAUAUUGUCAAUCUGCUAACGUGGAGAUUAUAGAUAUGACGGACGGUGUUCUCCUCCGUGAGAGCUUAGUUGACCCAAAUCUGGACAAGUACUCAUGCAUCAUUAUGGACGAAGCACACGAGCGUGCGCUAAACACCGACGUGCUUAUGGGGUUGAUCAAGAAAAUCCUUGCGCGUCGCAGGGAUUUGAAACUGAUUGUUACCUCUGCAACCAUGAAUGCUGAACGGUUCUCUCGGUUUUAUGGUGGUGCGCCGGAGUAUAUCAUCCCCGGACGCACAUUUCCCGUGGAUGUGCUUUGGUCGAAAUCCCCCUGCGAAGACUAUGUCGACGCUGCUGUCAAACAGGUGUUGCAAAUCCACAUUGGUCAAGGAGCAGGCGAUAUCCUUGUCUUCAUGACCGGGCAGGAGGAUAUCGAGAUUACCUGCGAAGUAAUCGCUGAGCGACUCAAGCAGCUGAAUAACCCUCCGAAGUUGAAUAUUCUUCCUAUUUAUUCACAGAUGCCGGCAGAUUUACAAGCCAAAAUAUUCGAGCGUGGAGAGGGCGGAGCGAGAAAAGUAAUCGUAGCUACAAAUAUCGCUGAGACUAGCUUGACGGUCGAGGGUAUUAUGUUCGUUGUUGAUGCCGGAUAUUCCAAGCUAAAGGUAUACAAUCCACGGAUGGGUAUGGAUGCAUUACAGAUCACUCCGAUCUCCCAGGCCAAUGCUUCACAGCGAUCCGGGAGAGCUGGCCGUACUGGACCGGGAAAGGCCUAUCGAUUGUAUACCGAACAGGCCUUUCGAAACGAGAUGUAUCUUCAGACGAUUCCCGAGAUACAGCGCACAAACCUCAGCAACACAGUCCUUAUGCUGAAGAGUUUGGGAGUUAAGGACUUGUUGGAGUUCGAUUUUAUGGAUCCCCCGCCCCAGGAUACAAUGACAACGAGUUUAUUCGACCUCUGGGCGUUAGGAGCCUUGAAUAAUGUUGGUGAACUUACCUCUCUUGGGAAGACGAUGGCUAGCUUCCCAAUGGACCCCUCCUUAUCAAAGCUUAUCAUUAUGUCUGGAGACUACAACUGUGGCGAGGAAAUGUUGACCAUUGUCUCCAUGCUCUCUGUGCCAAGCGUGUUCUACCGCCCGAAGGAGCGACAAGAGGAAUCCGACCAAGCGAGAGAAAAGUUCUUUGUCGCGGAGUCCGAUCAUUUGACACUAUUGCACGUAUACACUCAAUGGAAGUCAAACGGCUACUCUGAUCGAUGGUGUAUUCAGCAUUUCUUGCAGCCAAAAGCGCUAAGAAGGGCAAAGGAAAUUCGGAACCAAUUAAUGGACAUAAUGAAGUUUCAAAAGAUGGAGUUGAAAAGUUGCGGGACCGAUUGGGAUAUCAUCAGGAAGUGCAUUUGCUCUGGAUAUUACCACCAAGCAGCUAAGGUCAAGGGUAUCGGAGAGUACACAAAUCUGAGAACUAGUGUCACUGUGCAGCUGCAUCCGACAAGCAGUUUAUAUGGAUUGGGCUAUCUGCCGGAUUAUGUUGGUGAAUAACCGAAAUCCACCAGCUUUGAAGCAAAUGUAGUGGCUAAUGUCCUAUAGUCUACCAUGAGCUAAUACUUACAAGCAAGGAGUACAUGUCGACCGUGACUGCGGUGGAUCCGCACUGGCUUGCAGAGCUUGGUGGUGUUUUUUACAGCGUCAAGGAGAAGGGCUAUUCUGCUCGGGAGAGGAGAACAACGGAAAACGAAAUUAAUAAAAGAAUGGAGAUUGAGGCGAAGAUGGCAGAAGAUAAGGCUAGAGCAGAGGAGGAUGCAGCCAGCGCCCGUGCCGCGGCAUCGGCCAAGAGGCCAAUGACUAUCGUGACACAAAGAAGAAUGGGCACUCAGACCGGGGUUGUUAAACGGCCGAGCACGCCAGUGAUGAGGAAGAGGGGAUUUUAGUUAAUGGGUGUAGGAUUCUCAAGGCGAAGGUUAUAUGAUAGAGGUCAAAAAACGGGGGGUUAUGGUUCAUUCUAUUUAGAGUUUGCUUUGCCUCGACGUUUUAUCAUGUUCGGGUUCUACGGGAUGUUGCUAGGGAUUGAAGAUGGAUGCCCGAAAGCCUGGAUUUGUUAGGCGCCGAUAUUGUAUGAUAGUUCAGUGAAUUUUUAUAGCCACUUUGGCAAUGGGUAAUAAUACCCAACCAAUUUUGGUACUAUCAUAG